AUGCCAUAUGCCAAUCAGCCGAACAUCGAGGUGACAGAACUGUCAAAUGAUUUAAUGAAGUUUGUGUUAUGGGACACAGAUUUGAGUGUCGCUAAUUCGUUAAGGCGUGUGUUUAUGGCAGAGGUUCCAACAAUUGCCAUCGAUUGGGUGCAAAUUGAAACCAACACUUCAGUUCUUCACGAUGAGUUCAUCGCACACAGAAUGGGAUUAAUUCCGUUUCUCUCUGAUUAUCAUGUGGAAAAAAUGCAAUACACAAGAGAAUGUGAAUGUGCCGAGUUCUGCGAUGAAUGUUCGAUUCCUUUCAUCUUGCAAAUGAAGUGCAAAGACGAGGCAACUUUGGCAGUCACUACAGCAGAUUUACGCUGUAUGAACAAUGAUACGACAGUUCGUCCUGCAUGCGGAAAAGCACUUCGUGAACGUGGAACAGGUCGAGAGGAUUUCCACAACCGAGAAGAAAUUUUGAUUGUCAAGCUUCGAAAAGGUCAAGAAUUGAAUCUCAAAGCAUAUGCCAAGAAAGGAUUUGGAAAGGAGCACGCUAAGUGGAAUCCAACAUGCGGAGUAGCUUUUGAAUACGAUCCAGACAAUGCUCUACGUCAUACGAUUUACCCAAAUGUUGAGGAGUGGCCAAGAAGUGACCACUCUGCUCUGCCAGAAGACAGUACUGAGAAAGAAGCGCCGUUUGAUCAAGACGGAAAACCGAACAAAUUUUUCUUUUCGAUCGAAGGCACUGGCGCUCUCCCAGUUCAACGAAUUGUUACGAUGGGAAUUGGAAUUCUCAAAAAGAAACUCGAAGAACUCAAUAUGGCUCUCUCUUUGGAACUUCAAGCGCACGCCCAACAACAGUGA